GGGUUGAACCAGUCGUCCAUUUAACAAUUCAUACCGAUAUUGGGAGCAGACGAUCCAGACGUUUAACUCAACUGUCCGCGAAGCAAACUUAACAUGCCGAAGUGUCCUAACUGUCAGAAGGAAGUAUACUUUGCGGAGAAGGUGACCUCUCUGGGAAAAGACUGGCACAGACCUUGCCUUAAAUGUGAAAAAUGUAGCAAGACUCUAUCUUCAGGCAGCCAUGCGGAGCAUGAGGGAAAGCCAUAUUGCAACAAGCCGUGCUACGCAGCGCUCUUUGGCGCCGGAGGAUUCGGCCACGGUGGUACCGAAUCUCAUAAAUAUUAGGCGGGGACAGGGAGGUGCAAAGAUUCCACCUCUGCCAGCGUAACGCAUUGUCCUUUUCAAGUAGCUGGCUACGUACACAAUAAAAUAGACCAGAAAUUCCGCGGGAUGUUUCAAGAUCGACUCGUCCAACAAUCAAUCUGCUUGUGCUUGGAUGCAAAACAGCAAUCGACUGUUAUAAUGAGUGCCUGCUCAUUAUAAUACGUGACCGAAUUCGAGAUAACAGUCUGCCUAUCGAGUGACUGAAUACAAGACAACAAUCCGCUCAUUAAUUGACUGAUACAAAACAACAGUCUGCUCAUCGAGUAACUAUUGAAACACAAGACAACAAUCCGCUCAUUUAGUGACUGAAUGCAAAACAAGAAUCUGCUCAUCACAUGUAUAAUGCGUGCCUCGAUGCACCCUUUGUGCGUUAGAGAUGGUAUUUAUGUGAUGAACACAAAUUGUCCUAAAUGCAACCACGACCGACAUCCUCUGUCACACCGAUACCUCCACUAAUCAUUCAUUGCAAACUCGAAAAUAAACUCUCAGUGUCGUUUUGUGGUUUAUCAUUGUUCUUUUACUUCAUUUCAUGACCUUAUGCCCGGUAUAUUGUCCUUGAGCAAGACAACUACUUCGUCCUUCGAGAAUGAGACGUAAAACCAAUGUAACUAAGGGCGUGCAUAUCACCCCAAGCAUAGGAAGAAGCCCUGGUAGCGUGCCAUGGACUCGUUCUUCCCUUGGCCCCUGGCCAAAGCCGUAGUCGGAGUCACCUUUUUUCAAUCAUACUCCGUCUCUCGAAAUUACGACAUCGGAGCCGCAAAAAAGCCUGAUCUCAGAAUGCCUCCAAGAGACA